AUGUUUAUUACUUUUAAAAAUUUAUUAAAAUCUAAUAUUUAUAUUGGAAAUAAUUUUCAAAAUAUUCAUUUUAAUAAUUAUAAAUUUAUUUAUAAAAUAAAAUAUAAUAAUUGUAUAUUAAAUUUUACUUUAAUAGCUUUAUAUUUAUAUAAAUUAUAUAUAUAUAUUUAUAAUAUAUUUUUAUUAAAUCAAAAAAUUUUAUUUAUAAAUAAUAAUAAUAAUUUAAUGUUAAAUUUUAUUAUUAAAAUAUGUAAUUUAACAAAUAAUUUUUAUAUUAUUAAAUGGAUACCUGGAUUAUUAACUAAUUGGAGUAUUUUUAAAAAAAAAAUUAUAAUUUAUAUAUGGUUAUAUAAAUUACUUAAAAAUAAAUAUUUAAUAAAUAUAAUAUCUAAAAAAUGUUUAAUUAAAUUAAAUAUUAUUUAUAAUAAAUUAAAUAAUAAAUUUAAAGGAAUUAAAUAUAUGUUAAAUAUACCAAAAUAUAUUUUUUUAACAAAUUUUAAUAAUGAUUUAAUUUUAAAUGAAAUUUUAAAAUUAAAAUUAAUUUUAAUUAGUUUUAUAAAUUUAAGUUUAGAUUCAAAUAUUAUUAAUAUUAAAAUUUUGGGAAAUUAUAAUAAUUAUAAAUCUUUAAAAUUAAUAUAUCAAAUAAUUUAUACAUCUAUAAUACAUAGUAAAAUUAAAAAUAUGUAA